AUGUCUUGUGAAAUUAUUGUUCGUUAUGCUCGCAAUGAGGAUUUACAGCAACGGAUGGAACUCGUACGCAAUGGCCUGUCUACGUACUUUUGGGAUGCUUUUAUAUAUUUCUUUUUUCAGGAGCUAACACUAGAAUGCUGCGUGCUGAGUGGUGCAGUGCUGUUCAUCUUCUUGGGCGUGUCGCUGCCGGCGUGCCUGGCGCUUCUGCCGGCAGCCGCGGCGCUUGUCGCAUUGGCCGUGGUCUGCACGCACCACGCACUCGCCCACAAGCAAGCGCAGAGUAUUCGUAAAGAGAUGUUUGGCUUAGUAGCAGAAGUGAAAGGUAGACUGCUUAUGACUCCGGGGACAGACCCUAUCCUAAUUUCCAUUCAGCUCAACCAGGAUAAAGAUACAAGUUUUUCACAAGUGAUGGGAACAGUGAGUGUGUCGGACUUCUGGGGCCCAGAGAACAAUGGCUGGUUACACGCAAUGGUUGUUCAUCCACAAUGGCGCGGGCGCGGCGCGGGACGCGCGCUGGCGGGCGCGGCGCGGCGCGCGGCGGCGGCGCGCGGGCUGGCAGCGCUGGGCGCGGCGGCCAGCGCGCUGCAGGGCGCCGCGCGCGCCGCGCUGCUGGCGGCGGGCUGGCGCUGCCUCGGCGCGCACGAGCGCCCGCUGCUGGGCGCCGCGCUCGCGCUGCCCGUGCUGCGCCUCACGCUCGACCUGCCGCAGCCC